AGUGGAGCCACCAUCAAGGAAAGACUCACUCCCGGUGACUAUAGAGGAGUCAGUGCUGUCCCCGGCCAGGAUGAAGCUGCUGUUGCUGUGUCUGGGGCUGAUUCUUGUCUGUGCCCAACAGGAAGAAAACAGUGAUGUUGCGAUAAGAAACUUCGAUAUUUCAAAGAUUUCAGGAGAGUGGUAUACCAUUAUCUUGGCUUCAGAUGUCAAGGAAAAGAUAGAAGAAAAUGGUAGCAUGAGGAUUUUUGCAGACCUCAUCCGUGUCUUGGACAACUCUUCUCUGUACUUUCAAUUUCACGCAAAGGUAAAUGGAGAGUGUGCUGAGUUUUCUUUGGUUUUUGAAGAAACAGAAGAGGAUGGUGUAUAUACUGUUAACUAUGAUGGAUAUAAUGUAUUUCAGCUAAGCGAAUUUGGCAAUCCUGACUAUAUUAUCAUUUAUCUCGUGAAUUUCAACAAGGACAGACCAUUCCGAAUGUUGAAGUUAUAUGCCCGAGAACCAGAUGUGAGUCCAGAACUCAAGGAAGAGUUUGUGGAAAUUGCCCAAAAACGAGGAAUUGUUAAGGAAAAUGUAAUUGACCUGACCAAAACUGAUCGCUGUUUCCAGGCCUGAGGGAGUGGACUGAGCCAGGCCUCCAGGUUAGUGAUCUCUGGUGGAGAGGGGGUGGUCCAGGGAUCAGUGCCUUCCAAA